AGCGACCACGUAAACGCGGUGUUCGGACUUGUACGCUUCAUUCAGUCAAGAAACUCUGAUUUUGGUUGAUUCUUGGUUCCUGCUUCAAUUUAUGAACAUAGUUGCUAGUGACAGAAAUAUCUUUGAGUGCUGCAACAUCGAUAACUAAACAUGGCUGUGCCGUUUUCCAACACAAAGCUGCGUGUUCCGAGAGGAUUCCAAAAUCUGCUGGAGGGUCUCGCCCGGGAAACGCUGCGUAACCAGCCGGAGAACAUUUACGCGUUCGCGGCGGCGUACUUCGAGAACCUGCUGAAAAUCCGCGAAGAGCAAGGGAUCGAUCCAGCAGACGUAGGUGCCAGACAUGAAGACCGUUACUACAACAACCAGAGCUUCAAAAUGGGCGCCAAGGCCAACAUAGGUGACGUCGGCGACCCGCAGCAGCAGGCUGCAGCUGUCACCAUCCAGAGUUCCGUCCGAGGCUACCAGGAGAGGCAGACCGUGGAGGCAGCCAGACAGACAGAGAGAACGCAAGAGGAAGAAGAGACAGCCGCGCUGCGGAUACAGACUAGCUUCCGGGGGUAUGAGGCCAGAAAGCGUGUCAGUGCCCUGAAAGAGGAAAAAGCCAAAGAAUCAGAGCCUGCCGCAGAAACCUCCACAGCAGCAGAACCAACAGCAGAGCCAGCAGCAGAACAAGCAGCAGCAGAACCAACACCAGAACCAGUACAGGCAGCCACUGAACCCACGCCAGUAGUGACAGAACCUGUGGCAGAACCCCCUGUAGAACCUCCAACAGAGCCCCCUGCAGAAUCCCUGGCAGAAGCCCCAGCGGAACCCCCAGCGGAGGCAGGAGCAGACCAAGAGGAGGAGGUGGACAUUGACCUGGAAGACCCUGAGGUGCAGGCAGCGGCCGAGAAAAUCCAGGCCAGCUUCCGGGGGUUCAAAGCCAGGAAGGACCUCAAGGAGGAAACAACUGCAGAGCCAACAGCAGAGCCAGAACCAGUGGUAGAGCCCGAAGCCCCAGCCGAAACGCAAGCUGCACCCCAGGACGCAACCCAGGAGGGAGAGACAGAGCGUCCAGCAGAGGCCCCGACAGAGACUGUGCCAGAAGAAGCUCAGGCUGAGGAAACACAGGCUGCUGAGGAAACAGAGACAACACAGGAACCAGAGCAAGAGGCGGAGCAAGCUCAGGAAGAGGAGCCAGUGAAAGAGGCGGGGCCAUCAGCAGAGGCAGAGCCAGGGCAGGAGGCGGAGCCAGGGCAGGAGGCGGAGCCAGAGAAGGAGGAGGAGCCUUUGGCAAAAGAAGAGCCAGCCCAGGAGGCAGAGCCAUCAGCUGAGGCAGUGGAGUCAGCACAGGAGGCGGAGCCGCCAGCAGAGGCGGAGCCAGCACAGGAGGCGGAGCCACCAGCAGAGGCGGAGCCACCAGCAGAGGCGGAGCCAGCACAGGAGGCGGAGCCACCAGUGGAGGCAGAGCCAGCACAAGAGACAGAGACAAAGCCAGAGGAGGAAGAGAUCGACAUCGAUCUGACUGACCCAGAGGUGCAGCAGGCAGCACAGAAAAUCCAAGGAGGUUUCAGGCGCUUGCAAGCAAAGAAGUCCAAAGAGUCAGUCAGCCAAGAGAACCAAGAGAUGGAAGCCCCAGCCCCAGAAGCGCAGGUUUCACCCACCGUACUCCAGGACAGCACUGAAGGACAAGACAUUGUAGGACAGGCAGAUGAUCGGGGGGAGCUAGGGAAAAGGGUAGAUGAGGGUCAGAGGGACAGGAUUGUAGGAACUGAAGUUAUAUUGGCUAGUCAGGCUUUAGAGGGGAUGCAGGCUAUUCAGGAUAUUGUUGAGGCAGGAGUUAGACAGGAAGACAAUCAACCGGCUUCUGAAGUCCCUGCCGCUGAGAUUGUCCAAGAAGUUACUCUUGAGAGCAAAGCAACUGCUGAAGAAACAGCUGUUGAAGGUGCCAGUGAAGUUGUUCAAGAAGUAAUAGAGGAUAGUGUAGAAAUGACUCCAGAAGUGAUAACAAGUGACAAAGCGGUAAAGUCAGAUGCUGUAACUGAGGACAUUUUGUCUGAAGUACCUGUUGAAGUCAUGCCAGAAACUCCAGCUGAAAUCUCAACAGAUGUACCAGUAACUGGUAGUGAACAGAUCCCUGAAGUUGAUACUAAGACAGAUAUUCCAAUUGAGGUAACCCUAAAAGAUGGUGCACCAGCUGAAUCUGAGACACCUGUAGAGACUGAUACUGAAGUGCCAAGUGAAAUAAGGUCAGAAGUCACUCAAGACUCUUGUGCUGAGACCUCAGCCACAGCUUUUGCUGAGGCUUCUCCUGAGGUUCCUGUGGAGGUAGCUGCUGCAGAUGUCAAAGAUAUUGGACCAACUGAUAAAGCUGAGCCAGCUGAAGACGCUGUGACAGAGGUGACAGUUGCAAGCUCUGAAGUCACCGAAGAGUCUGGAAUGGAGGCCCCAGCCACGGUUGCUGCUGAGACCCAAGCCACUGUCGCUAAUGAGGUCCAUGUUGAGGUAGCUGCUGAAGAUGUUGAAGAUGGCGGACAAGUUCCAGCUGAGCCAGUUGAAGAUGCUGUGCCUGAGGUGGCAAUUGAAAGUUCUGAAGUCCCUCAAGAGUCUAGAAUUGAGACCCCAGACGCAACUGCUGCUGAAGCUCCUGCUGAGAUUCCAGUUGAAAUACAUGCUGAGGUUGUCAAAGAUAGCACAUCGGCUAAAGCUGAGCCAGCCGAAGAUGCUGCAGCUGAGUUGACAUUGGAUGAAAGUUCUGAUGUCGUUCAAAAGUCUGGAAUUGAGAGCCCAGCCACAACUGCUGCUGAAGCUCCUGCUGAGGUUCCAGUUGAAGUACAUGCUGAGGUUGUCAAAGAUAGUACAUCGGCUAACGCUGAGCCAGCCAAAGAUGCUGCAGCUGAGUUGACGUUGGAUGAAAGGCCUGAUGUUGCUCAAGAGUCUGGAAUUGAGACCCCAGCCACUGUUGCUGAAACUCCUGCUGAGGUCCCUGUUGAUGAUUUCAAGGGUAGUACACAAGGAAAAAAUGAUGAGCCAGCUGGAGAUGCUGUGACUGAGGUUACGGUAGAAGAAAGCUCUAAAAUUACUCAGGAGUCUGGAACCGACAGCGCAGCCACAGCAGCUAUUGAAGCUCCGGUCGAUUUCGCCACUGACGAUGUCAAAGAUGGCAAAGCAUCUAAAGCUGAACCAUCGACAGAUACUGAAACCGAGGUCACAGUUGAAGUAAGUCCUGAAGUUGCUCAACAAGCUGGUGCUGAAACCCCAUCCACAGCAGCAGCUGAAGCUCCUGUUGAGGAAGCAGUGGAAGAUGUCAAAGAAGGUGAACCAACUAAAGCUGAGCAAUUGGCAGAUGCCGAGACAGAGGCAACAGUUGAAGCAAGCUGUGGAGUUGCCCAGAAAUCUCAUGCUGAUGCCCCAGUCAUAACUACUGCUGGAGCUCCUGUUGAGGUUGUUGUUGAGGCAGCCUCUCAAGUUGCCGAAGAUGGGGCACCAACUGAAGCUGAGCCAGCUGCAAAGACAGAGAGUGAGGUGCUGGUUGAUGUCAGCGCUGAAGUCGCUCAAAAGCCUAGCACUGAGACUCAACCUGAAGCUCGUGUUGAGAUUUCUGUUGGACCAAUGGAUGCUGGAACAGAUAAAGUUGAAACCUCAAAGACCGCUGUUGAAGCUUCUGAGGUUCCUGGUGAGGUAGCUGUUAAGGAUGAGGAAGAUGGUGCACAAGCAAACACUGAGGCAUCUGCAGAUGUUGGGACGGAGGUGACGGCAAAAACUAGUUCUGGAGGAGCCCAUGAGGUAGCUACUGAAGAUGUUGACUUUGAUUCACAAACUAGAUCAGUAGCUGGAACUGAGGUGACAACUGAGGCUCCUGUAGAGGUCCAUGUAGCUGUAGAAGAUGUGGAAGAUGGUUCACCUGUUGAAGGUCAAACCGAUGUUGCAGUUGAAGCAACAGUUGAAGUUGCUCCAGAGUCAGGAACCAAAGCCCCUGCUGCUGAGGCUUCAUCUAAAGCGCCAGCUGGUCCUGUUGGGACUCUGGUUACUGGAGAAACCCAGACAGAGGACUUCUUUGAGGUAGCUUCUGAAGUUCCUGCUGACCCUGUCACUAAGGCUGAGGCAGUAGUUGCCGAGGCGCAAAAAAUUCCAGAAGAUGCAGCAGAUGAGGCCAAUGUUGUUACAAUUGAAAAUGCCCCCGAAUUUACAGCUCCCAUCACAGAAGAGGCAUCUGGUGGAACUGUGCCUGAGUUGAAAGCUGAGGUAAAUACUGCUGGACCAUGCACACCCGAGGCCACCCCUGCUGAGGCCCCAGAGGUUGAGGCUGGUGAGGUAACUUCUAAUGCCAGUGCUCCUCAGGUCCAAGAUCCAGAGGCUUCCACUGAAACUGGCUCUGAGAAUGUUCAUGCCGAUGUCAAGGAAACUCCUGUUGUUGAAAAUCCUGUGACAGAACCAACUGAGGACCACGCAAAAAAUAAAGUUGAAGAUUCUGGGAAGGAUGUAGCUUUGGAUUCUGGGAAGGAUAUAGUGGGAGAUUUUGGGAAGGAUAUAGGUUUGAGUUCUGGGAAAGAUGAAGCUGGGGAUUCUGGGAAAGAUGUAGGUGAGAAUUCUGGGAAGGAUGUAGCCGAAGAUUCUGGGAAGGAUGUAGCUGGGGAUUCAGAGAAGGGUGACCAGGGAACAUGUGAGGUUGAAGUUAGAGACUCAGAUCAAGCCAGCACCGUAGAUCAAGUUCAAACAACUGAAGAGGCUAGUGAGGUCAACAGCAAAUCAUCUGAAGCUCUUCAGGAUGCUGCUAAAAAAACAGAAGAGGAGGAGGAGGUUGACAUUGACCUGAAUGACCCAGAUGUUGAGAAGGCAGCCGUUAAGAUCCAGGCCAGCUUCAAGAACAUCAUGUCAAAGAAAAAGAAGAGCAAAGAGGUGGUGGCGGCAGCCGAGGGCACGGCCAGCUCUGACCAAUAAGUUACCCAAUCAGGUUGUGAUUUGGAGGUUUUGGCAUUUUCACGCAGGUCCUGAGGUGACUUUGUGGUGGUGGUAAGCAUAUUUUGUUUUUAAAGGGCUUGCGGCUCUGAAAAAUAACUGAUUUGUCACAGUAGUCCUUUCUAGUGGCAAAAAUGUGGUCUCAACUGUAUUGUAUUUUAAUGACAUAGAUUUGUUUGGCACACCACCACAAAUUCACUUCCCAACAGCACAUUCAAUUCUGAAGGACUGUGGUAAAAAAAAUGAUUCCACAAAACUUGAUCCCAAAAUAAGUUUAAGAAAUGUUUAAGAUAUUGGUCUCACCUUUUCCGUGGAGUUUGUAGAAUUAGACUUGAGGAAAGAGUGGCUCUUAAUAAACACAAACAUGACUGCAGUCAUUUUUUGCCUUAAACAGUUGGCGAAAAUGCCAUAUUUUCAUAACCACAUAGAAGAUGGAAAUUAAUAGGUUCAUCAUUGCUAAAGUCAUACUUCAAAACCUCCAAAUCAUAUUAUUUUUUCUAUGCACUUCUUUCUCAGUCAUAUUUUCCUGGCAACUGUUUGUAUAGAAAACAUCAUGGUUAUAGAAGUACUCAUCGCCGCUAUCCACUUUAAUAAGAUGUAUUCUCUAUAGUUAGGUAUUUGAUACUUGAACAUUGAUGUUAAAGUACUACCAAAUCAGUACUUCACCUCAGAGUCAGAUAGUUUGGAUAUACACUAUAAUAUAUUUAUAGAAUAGUUCUAUUAUACUCAAGCUUUCUUGUGAAUUGUGCCAUCGAGUUCUGUAAAGGUAAGAAAAAUGAUUGGUAGAAACCGACAAUUACACGCACACAUUUCAAAGGUUUGCACACUGCUAAUAUGGAAGACUAUGUGCAUUGUAAAUUUGUAAUGUUUGUUACCUCUGUCUUGACAGCAUUGGGAGUGACCCUAUUUAUUCCAAAGAAAGUACUGUGUAUUCAACAUGUGCAGAAAAUGAUACAGUGGUAUGUUAGCCUUGCCCUCUGAAAUGUGUUUAUUUUUGGUCUGUUGGAGAGAGUAUGUUACAGUUGCACUGUCCACUCACAUUGCAGAACUUUUCGCCCAGUCUUUUCGAUGAAGUACACGCAUUGGCAAGGUCUCCCAAUGCCACAGUAUCCAAUUUGUGUCUUCAUUUGUUGCAUAUUUAAGACUUUACAUAAAUCUAGCAUGGAGUGUUUGUUUUCCAAUUUCAUGGUUGUACAUACAUGUAUAUGUAUUGAGUUUCAAUUUUCAUUUUUUUUUUCAUGUAAACUGGAAUUAAUUAAUGGAUUGUUUCACCGUUGUGUAUUAUAUUGAGUUUAAUUUAGAUUUAUUUUCGAAAGCUUCACAAAAAUUCAGGCAAUUACGGAACUGUACAAUUUUUACCAAUAUUCUGCAAGUGUAUUUCAUGUGAUGUCCUCCAUUUCAGCACUCAUUCCAUCGGUGUGUAUUCAGCUAAACCCAUCUUCUCUUGUAUAUUAUUUUAAUGUACACAAAAUGCCUGUGAAUUUUCAGUCAUCAGUAAUAAAGUUGUUUGCAAAUUUGGACGUGA